UCCGCUACUCCCGUCACUGAACACCCUCCCCCUCACUCCCUUCUUCAAAGUCCUCCUCCCUUACCCUUCACUGAGCUUGACGCCCCCUCAUGGACCUCACCGUCCUCUCUGAGCCCCUUCUGAGCUGCCUCUCAGGAGCCGAGCUGUCUCGCCCACGAAUCCCAAUCACUCAAUCUAAGGCACUUAAAAGCACUUAGAGAACAUGAUGCGGGGGUGGGGCGGGGUGGUGUGGGGGUGGGGCGUGCUCCAACGUCCUCCUUCUCCUCCACAUCAAGCCAGUGCAGCGCCCCCAUCAGCCUCCUCUUCAGCCUGGGGCGGUAAUCACACUGGCCACACUUUCGGCAGGUCCCCUGAGCCCACGGUCUGCUGCAGUUCUUUCCAAUUGGUCUCAGCUGGUUGCUGGCCCUCCAGCCCCUGCCACCGCCCAACACAGAGCCCUUUCAUUUCUGAUGGCACUUUCAAGUGGAUGGCAGUGUCAUGUUGUCUGGGUCAAUGUUUGGAGGGGGUAUGGCAAGAUCACUUCCGCUGUGGGAAAAAUGGCUAGAGCUCAGUUCUAUCGUUUUGCCAGUAUGACUAAAGUCCCAGUUAAGCAGCGUCCCCUCAAUGACAGUGAGGAGACCCAGGUAUCUGAGUUCCCGGAGGGCAUGCAUGGAUGAGCUUGUCCCUUUCGGCGGUCCAGAUUGAGCCACGGACCUUGGGCAAGGCUCCACUACACCUUCUGGGUCUGUUUCCCGCUGUGUGAUAGGUGUGGGGACACCUACUGGGAGGAGCAGACAGGAGCAGGGACUUGGAAAGAAUUGUGCCCACUGAGGGGUGGGGCUCCCCUGGGGGGCCACCGAGAUUUGCGAAAGCCGUGCCAAGCUCAGCAGCAGUGCUGAGGUUUGUUCUGCAAGUGAAGGGCUUGCCUGGUGAGGAACCAACACUGCCAGAUCCCCACUAGGAAGCCAGUCGCCCAUCUGUGUUAACCUCUCCAUGGCCGCAGGGAGAUUGGAGAAGGUGGUCCUGGUGAAGUUUGCGGCCCAGGAGACCAGGUAGAGCCGAUUCAGCCAAGGGGCAGCGUUUGGUAUGUGCAAGGAGACAAGCCUCCUGAGUUGUGUCUCAGGCUUUCACUGUCACAUAGUGUGGCUUCAGGCAAAAGCCUACCACAGGUGGGGACUGGAGUCCAUGAUUUAUAAGCACUAGCUACUAGAGCUUAUGACUCAGGGGCCAGGCUAGAGAAGAUGCGGUCCCCUUUCCACCCAAAAUUUGGAGGAGGUGGAUAGGGACUGGAUGCCCUAGCAGAGCAGCCUGGGUCGAAGGACCAGGGAGCUGAAGGGUUUGGGCAGUGUCCUGACGGGGCGGGGCAGGGGAGGAGGGUUCAGGGCAUGCUAGUCUUUGAUUGGCUGUGCUGCCCUUCGCUCCGCCCCAUGGCCUAUAAGACGCACCCGCGGCUGCCUUGGCGCUAGUGUGGGGGCUACGGCCGCGUCUCUCUCUGUUUUGAGGCCUCCAUCCUUCCCAGCGUGGGGGACAGCCGGCCAGACCCGCGGACCUACUGCUGCGGACCGCCGGGGGGCGGGGGAUGCCGGGCUGCCGCAUCAGCGCCUGCGGCCCGGGGGCCCAGGAAGGGUCGGCGGAACCGGGGUCCCCAUCGCCGCCGCCCGGGGAGCGCCUAUUCUCCCCUCAGCCCCCGUCCCCAACUCCGACCUUGACCCCGACCCUGGCUCAGGCCUCACCGCAGCCCGAAGUGGCCCAGGAGUCGGCGGGCUCGGCCGAGGGGCAGGAGCUGCAGCGCUGGCGCCAGGGCGCUAGCGGGGGCGCGGGGCGCACCGGGCCGGCAGGGGGCGCGGGCGGCGGCCCGGUCGCGGCGGCGGCGGCAGGGGGCCGCGCGCUUGAGCUGGCCGAAGCGCGGCGGCGACUGCUGGAGGUGGAGGGCCGCCGGCGCCUGGUGUCGGAGCUGGAGAGCCGCGUGCUGCAGCUGCACUGCGUCUUCCUGGCGGCCGAGCUGCGCCUGGCGCACCGCGCCGAAAGCCUGGGCCGCCUGGGCGGCGGCGUGGCGCAGGCCGAGCUCUAUCUGGCGGCGCACGGGUCACGCCUCAAGAAGGGCUCGCGCCGCGGCCGCCGCGGCCGCCCGCCCGCGCUGCUUGCCUCUGCGCUCGGCCUGGGCGGCUGCGUGCCCUGGGGCGCCGGGCGCCUGCGGCGGGGCCACUGCCCCGAGCCCGAUUCGCCCUUCCGCCGGAGCCCGCCCCGCGGCCCCGCCUCCCCCCAGCGCUGACCUCCGCGCCGGGACCUCUGGCCACCCCGACAGGCCAUCGCCGAGGUGCCGACCGACGGAUUGUGGACGCCGGCUGGAUGGACGGCGUCACCGACGCGGAUGGACAGAUUGCCCGACCCCAGGAGGAGACAGUCGGGGGGCCGAGGGCCCAGUAAAGAAGGCUAAACUGAGCUCCUCCCAGCUCCUCAGAGCCUCGACUCGAUCUGACUCCUGGAUUCUGCGCCUUCCCUGGGCACCUCCUUCAGGAAGACUCCUCUCAUUGACCCUACACAAGCAUGGCACUCUCCUCGCUUCACAGUGGCAAGGGGCUGGAUUCUGGGGAAGUUGCCGAUACUAUGAACUUCUCUAUAUAUGCUGCAUUUGACUUUGGCUUACACUGUACAACUGAAGAUGUUACGACAAGUCCUUGAGACGCAGUCAGAUCGUUUAAGAGUGCAGCAAAGCUUUCCAAUGUGAAAGGGAAAAGGAUCUCUUUUAGAAAUGUCAUCAUUCUUUAACAAGUCACAGUGCAGCUGGGGUCCCCAUUUUGGUAGAUGCUGUUGCUUCUCAGUCUAACAGCACCAGGAGGCCUGUUUGAGGGGAAACAUUGCUGUGAGCAAUCCCUCAGUCCCCCUCAUUCACCGUCCUUGCCCUCUCCAGGUGGGCACGUGCCUGCGGCCCCUCAGAAAGGUAAUGGGCUGCUGGCUCCCGGGGGACACACCUGUUUCUCAGGAAGAGGCGUUGGCAACAUAAUUCUAAGUUUUAAAUGAAAAAAGGGAGCACAUUUAUUCAAAUAUCCUGAUGGUAGAGGGAAGGGGGCCACGCUGACUCACACAGAACCCAGAACUUGUAGAGUUCCGCAAAAUGAACGCAUAUAGGGUCAGUUCCUUGAUGUAUACAUUCAGGAAGAAUAAAUCUCAGCGAUGUGAGACAAGCA